AUGAGCAACUGGUCGAAAGGCGAAGAAAUAAAAACUGCAGUAGUAGAAACACUCGACAUGAAACUCGUGGACCUCAUUGCUAAAUUCUCUGAGUGGGAAACUGAGCAGGCACAACUCUUACUGCUGGACAUAGAUCACGAAGAAGAACACAUCAAUGAAGGCGAAAAUAUAAUGGAUAGUUACUCCAAGAUUGCUAGUGAGCUGAAAAACAUGAUCAAUCAGAGAUCAGUUCAGUCUACAUCGACAGUUCGUUCGUAUAGUUCUCAAAAUUCGGAUGAACGAAUCCAAUCAACUUCUGCUAAAUUACCUGAAAUCACACUGUCUACAUUCGAUGGCAGUUUCGAGAAGUAUCGAAGUUUUCACGACGAAUUCAGGGCUGUCAUCCACGACAACCAUAGGCUGCAGAAGGUGACUAAAUUUCAAUAUUUUAAAUCUUGUCUCACUGGAGAAGCUCAAGAUCUUAUCGAAGAUUUAGACAUCACUGAAGAAAAUUACCACAUCGCAUGGAAGUUAGUGGAACAAAAUUACAACAAUCCUCGUCUCAUUCUUCGACGCCAUUGCACAAUCCUACUGGAUCUCUAUAAAAAUGAGAAUCCUCCACGUUUACUCCUCAAAAUUGUCAAUGCCGUCCGUUCACAAUUACGGCCAUUGGACUCUCUUGCAAGCAAAGAGGAACAGUAUGAUGCGCUCCUUAUCACCAUCAUCCUACGUCUCUUGAGUGAUGAAGUGGUCUACGAAUGGGAAAAAGACCUAGUUGAGAACAAAAUGCCAGAUGUGAACGAUCUCCUUGAAUUUCUGCAACGUCGUGGCUUGUGUGUAAAGUCAACUGAGUCUGCAAGAAAGGUGAGAGUGAAAGAGACCACGGAAAGGUCUGAUUCAAAGGGUAAAUCCAAGAAGAAAAAGACUCAAUCAUCCUAUACCCCUUCAACAAAUUCAACUACACAGGUGUUCCAUGCUGACGUUCAGACGAAGUGCCCUGUUUUCCAGAGUGAUCAUAAAAUCUAUCAGUGUCCCAAGUUUCAAGAGAUGGACCAACAACAAAGACUCAAAUUUCUUUACAACAAUAACCGUUGUAUCAAUUGCUUGGCCAAGGGACAUGGUGUCAGUGCUUGUGAAUCCGGAAAAUGCUCAGUCUGUGAAAGGAAACAUCACACACUAUUACAUCGGUAUGCCGAAGGUGCAACUUCAAAAUCAGCUGAUUCCAGUGUAACCAAUGUAACCCAGAUGCCAUCUAAUUGA